AUGGAGACCGUCGAAGACUUCGAAACGAUAGACGUGGAACUUGAUGAGCUAUUCAUAAAGAAACAAACGCCUAGAUUCAAAGACGAGUUCUUGAACACUUUCUGUGAAGAAGGCCUAGAAGAUUGUUCCAUCCCCGACGUUCAAAUCGAUGAAAGCGAUGGAGAUGAAUCCCUUGAUUUGGACCAUGAAGAUGAGACAGAUGAUAAAGAAGGUGCUUCGCAAAAAGGGUUAAUUGAAAAAGAGGAUGAAGACGACGUUGAUUUCCAAUACAGUAUACAUGAUCAAAAGGUGAAAUGGAACAAAAUUAGGCCAGUUUUCGGAGAGAGGUAUAAAUCACCACAACAACUUAAACUCUGUUUAACCAACUACUCCAUAAAACAGGUUUAUCGGAUUAGGUUCGAAAAAUGUGAUAGUGUUAGGCUUGUAGUUGUGUGUACAAAUGAGUAA